GUCCAAGUAUUUGUUAUUGAAAUCAAUCCUGCCGGGUCGAUGUCGGCGGUAAAGUCAUGAAAUAUUCAAACAGUUUUCCAGCCUCGUACCGAGAAAUUCACCUUCGGCUCGCUCGCGAUAAAGUAGUUCUAGAAGAUAUCGUAACCAGAUCGGAAGUGAAAAAAUGUAUUCAGCGACUGCGUUCUCGGGUACCAUUGCGUUAUUGAAUUUCGUUGACGCGGCAACUUCUAACGCGGAUUUCGGCGUCCCUUGCAAUUUACCAUAGUAUUUUUAUAACUGCACCGGCUGUUAUUCUCGUAAUAUUACGCCUGUUCAGAUGUUGGCGAAAUUUCAUGAACGCGUCGGCAAAUUGUGGUGGGGACGGUAAAGAAUGCUAUCUGAAACGAAAUGAGGGAGGCAUAAGAGCAGGAGGUACACUCGCUGAUUCACCCGCGACAGCGAAGGAUUCCCAGACUCGAUCUGUUCCCCGCUUACGGCGGAUCGCCUCGCUCGUUCUCAACGGAAUCACGUAAAUAAUAACGCACAUUUUGCACGCGGAUUUGAUUGAGAUGAAAGCCCUGCAGAUUUGGUCCAGAAAAUUGUAUCUGAAAAGCUUGACACUCGGAUUGGGGAGUACUGCCGGGCUGUUUUGUCUCUACGAGAGCGGUCACAGACUUGUUGCCACCACGAUUACCGUUCUUGGCUUGGGAACUGCAUACCUUCGUUGGAGGAAUGCGACGCGCUUACCGAUUCACUCGAAGCACGCGGUGAUCGUAACAGGAUGCGACUCGGGGCUCGGAUACAGCUUGGCUCUGCACUGUCGUGCCCUGGAUGCAACGGUAAUCGCUGGUGUCUUACAGCCCGACGGCCUCGGUGCUCGGGAUCUGACACGAAAUGGGAUCAACGUUAUUCCCUUGGAUAUAACCAGGAGCGAGAGUAUCGCGCAAUUUGGAACCGAAGCUCGGGAGCUGAUGGCCCAGGAGAAACUUGAUCUUCGCGCUCUCGUGAACAACGCUGGGAUGAUGAUUUUUGGCGAAUUCGAAUGGCAGACCGAAGAGCAAAUGCGACGUCAGGUCGAAGUAAAUCUCCUCGGAACGAUGGGAAUAACCAAGGAGCUUAUGCCGGACGUCAGGUCAACAAGGAGCAGAAUCAUCGUCGUCACGAGUCACUGCUCGAGCCAGCCUUUGCCCGGCGUUGCGACGUAUGCCGCGACGAAAGCCGCGCUCUCGGCUUGGACGACGGCACUUAGGAUCGAAGUUUCCAAGUAUGGAGUCGAGGUCGUCUGCUUUGUGCCAGGAUCAUUCACCAAGGACAGUAAUCUACUCUCGAGACAGAGCAAAUACUUCGCGGACAUGGCGAACGCGAUGAAGCCAGAAGCGAGAAGCUUUUACGGUAGCUAUUUCACGAGGUACAGCCGUUAUCUUUCCGAAAUGUCGCGAGAGAUCGCGCCGCAUAAGAUAGAGGAUCCCCUGCUUUAUCAAACCUUCGACGGCGCUUUAAUGGACGUCUAUCCUCGCAGCGUCUACAAAUGUGAACCGUGGAGAUACACAUUUUAUCACCUGCUCUUUAGUACUACACCCACGUUCGUUCGCGAUAGGUUGGUGGAGAAAUUCGUUUCGAUGCCGAGAUGGAAUUCUUCUAUGGAAGAGGCGGAAGAGAGUGCGAUGGUACCGGAACUUGAGAACGUCAAACCUUAUCAGUCUGAUCUUAUGCCAAACGAUAAAACGGUCCCCAGUUCUGUAAAAUCUAUUCCCGAAGAUGUGUCAACGCAGAAAAGUGAUUUGAGUAACUUGACCAAGGGGAACAACUUACCACGGUGAUGCUACUGGCUACUGUACGUUAGGCCGUCGCAUUCACGAUCACAUUAAUCUCUCAUUCGUAAUCCCGAUACAAUGAUAAAUAUGCGUGGUGUAUACUGUCGAAAGAAUUCAUAACGUUAAUAAACCUAAUACACAGUUUGUCUA